UUCUUUCCAAGGAGAAAGGGAAAAGUACCAAGUGGAGGACGCUGGGUGGAACAACUGUCUGCGAGGAACCUCUGGUUAAGCAGGAGAAUAUAGGACCGAAAAUUAUUACUAACAUUCGGAUAUGGCAGCCUCCAGAGGAUCCUGCUGUGGCUACUCUAAAGCCCACUCAGCCUGCACACACGACUACUGAAUUUCUUCAUCUGAACAGCACUGUACAGUCUGAGGAACCUGGACCCUCUGUUAAGCUCUUCAGCAUGGACUAUGGGAUAGAAUGGAAAGUGACCAUGCUCGUCCUGAGUUCUCUUGCCAUCUUGCUUGGGACGGUCAUCCUCAUCUUUAAUGUUUAUCAAAACAGGCGUAAGAAGACAGUCGUGGUUCUUAAGUCAUACUCUUCGUUAGAAGAGGCCAGUCAGCCUGGUUCACCAGUUACCAAACACCUCACGAACCCCUCUCGUUCUCCCUCCAUACGGCGUGGCGAGAUCCUCGUCGAGUGGAAGGACGGCACCGUCACGCCACUAUUCGACACCUACUUAACAUCUUAAACCACCAAAUUGUACCCUCGCUGAAGUCUUCUGUCUGAUUUGGCUACCUGAAACCACACACAUUGCUUUUACACUGUUGCACUGUGCUUCUCAUUAGUGUUUCACUAUGUUUUUGUGAAUCUGUUGUUGUUCCUUCUUUUGGCGCCUCUUUGACUUAGUGCAGAAUGCGUGAAUGCUGGGCACAGAAACUUAACAAUCACAAUAGCAGACCUUGCUUGAGAGAAACAGCUUCUCAUGCCAAAUAAAACUGGUAUUUAGAGUUUCUUACUCAAGUAGUACAAAUACUCAACUAAAAUACUAUAAUGUAGUAUGAUUUUGGUUCGUUUCAUUAACUGAAAGUAUAAAAUGACAUCCUCCUAAAUAUUACCUCAAUUGAGUAUUACUGAGUCAGUCAGAGAACCCGAGUGCUGCUGCGAGUCACACUGAAAUCCUAAAUUAUAUGAAAGCCAAAGCUACCUCGUAAGAUUUGGUGUACAUAUGUCAUCUCAUUAUGCACUGAUGUUACAUCAGUUAAGGCUUGAAUACCCUCCGUCACCCCAAUCUGAAUACAGUGGUACGUUAAAACUCAGUGUCAGUUGGUUCUGGGAGUUUCAAGGUAUUUUUUCCCAUAAGGAUGUUUGGGGGAACCUGUUAAUGCGUUCCAUGGUCCCGUGCAACUGCAUAUAUUAAAGGCUAAUGUAAAAUAAUGGGGUUGUUUUUGACACUUAUACAACUAAAAAUGACACACACAUAAUAAAAAAAACAGUGGAAUACAAUUGAAAACAGUUACAAAUUAAUACAAAUACAAUAAAACCUGCACAAAAAGCUGAUUCUUACCAUUCUCAGAACCCCGAGCUAUAACAAGUUUAAAAGUGAAAAAGGAGGAAAAUCCAGCUAAACACAGAUACAUGUGGAGCUUUCAGAGUGAAUUUGACUGUUAUUCCACACAAAUGCAGAUUCGUCUCAUAUGCGCACUUUGAAGACGUUUUAUCGCACCGCUCAAGCACUAAACAAAGCGGCUGUUCAUUGUUAAUUUGAAAUUAAAUAAAUUAAUUUAAAAAAGAAACUGAACAUGCUGAGUUUAAAGUAAAUGUUGAGUUUAAAGCUUUAUUUUUCAAUUUUUCAAUGAAGGGCGUCAAGUUUUAAAGAUUUUGAGUUUAGGGGGCGAUGAGUUACAAGGUACCACUGUAUAUCCAAUUUUCCUAAUAUGGUUAACUGGCUGACACAUGUCUCCUCCAACUCCAGCCCCUAUAGAGAGCCUUACACUUACCAAAAAAAAAAAAAAAAUCAUGCUUUGUCCUUUGUAUUCCUCCACCACCUGUGUGGGUGCCUUGACUGGCCAGUAGGAGUUGCUUAGCAGUGCUAAGAUUUGAAUUCAUAUCUCUGCUGUGCCUAUUUCUUAUAAUUACUUUAUAUCUUGUACAAAGACACAUUGAUGUUAAAGUACUGGACUAGUAAUCAGAAGGUUGCCGGUUCAAGACCCACCACUGCCAGGUUGUCACUGUUGGGCCCCGGAGCAAGGUCCUUAACCCUCAGUUGCUCAGACUGUAACUGUAAUGUCAUUUGCUUUGGAUAAAAGCGUCUAAUCUAAAGAGAUGUAAAUGUAGUAAUUACUAAUGUAUUGUUCUAAUCUGUUGUUAGUAAAAAUAAAAUGUAAUAUUAAUAGCUGAAGAAAUAUUCAAAUAAAGUAUAUAU